AAGUUCCGGGGCCAUUGCUGCGGGGGAUAAACAGUAAUGGCGGAGGCUGCGGCUCCCGGAGCGACAGCCACAACGUCAGGAGCAGAGGCGGCAGCGGCGGCGAUGGCAGCGGCCUCCCCAACCCCUCUCCCCACGGUCGCCGCCCCGGCUCCGGGGGCAGGCGUAAGGCGCGGCGGCAGCGACCGCAGCGGCGGCGCCUGGACUAAACAGGUCACCUGCAGGUAUUUUGUACACCGGGUUUGUAAGGAAGGAGAUAACUGUCGAUACUCGCAUGACCUCUCUGACAGGCCGUAUGGUGCAGUGUGCACGGAUUUUCAGCGAGGGUACCGUGUUUACGGAGACCGCUGCAGAUAUGACCAUAGGAAGCCAUUGAAACAGGGAAAAGCAACUGCGACAGACCUAGCUGCAAAAUCAUCUCCUGCGGCUUCCCCAAGUCUCCCUUCAGCAGUCGGGCCACCUGCUAAAAUGGAUGCAGGCAAAGCUAAGUCAAGAAAUUCAAACUUGGCAACUGUAGGACCAGGUUCAGAGGACUGGGUGAAUGCUAUCGAGUUUGUUCCUGGACAGCCCUACCGUGGCCGUACUACCCCUUUCUGCACUGACGCACCCCUGCAGGGCUCAGUGACCAAAGAGGAAUCACAGAAAAAGCAAACCGCUGUGAAAACAAAGAAGCAGCUUUGCCCCUAUGCUGCAGUGGGAGACUGCCGGUAUGGGGAGAACUGUGUGUAUCUCCAUGGAUAUUCAUGUGAUAUGUGUGGGCUGCAGGUCCUACAUCCAACGGAUGCUGCCCAGAGAUCACAACAUAUAAAAUCUUGCAUUGAGGCCCAUGAGAAGGUCAUGGAGCGCUCAUUUGCUGUGCAGCGCAGCAAGGACAAGGUGUGUGGGAUCUGCAUGGAAGUGGUCUAUGAGAAAGGCAACCCCAGUGAGCGCCGCUUCGGGAUCCUCUCCAACUGCAACCACACCUACUGUCUCAAGUGUAUUCGCAAGUGGAGGAAUGCAAAGCAAUUUGACAGCAAGAUCAUAAAGUCCUGCCCAGAAUGCCGGAUCACAUCUAAGUUUGUCAUUCCAAGUGAGUACUGGGUGGAGGACAAAGAAGAGAAGCAGAAACUCAUUCAGAAAUACAAGGAGGUAAUGAGCAACAAGGCGUGCAGGCAUUUUGGUGAAAGACGUGGGAGCCUCCCAUUUGGAGGGAACUGUUGUUGCGCGCAUGCGUACCCUGACGGCCGUAGAGAGGGGCCACAGAGACAGAAAGUGGGAACAUCAAGCAGAUACCGGGCCCAACGAAUGAACCACUUCUGGAAGUUCAUUGAGGAAGCAGAGAACAGCACUCCCUUUGACAACAACGAAGAAGAGGUUGUCAUCUUUGAGCUGGCCGAGAUUUCGCUUAUGCUUUUGGCUACAAGUGGGGACAACGCACUGACAGAUUCUGAAGAUGAGUGGGACUUGUUUAUUGAUGUGCUAGAAGAUUUUUAUGACUUGGAUCUAUAGCAACCUUGCGUGGCGCGUGAACUGGGCUGCCGAGCCUCAGACAGUAGCUGUCCCCUGUGCUGGUGUGGUAGUGCCUGUGUUUCUCUUUUAGGCAGGCCUGUCAACUCCAGGUUCUGUUGUAAUGAUUUUUACCCAGAGCCUGUCUUCUCAAUCCCUCACCUUUCCCCAAGGAGUGUGUUGUUUUCUCUGUUUAAAAAGUUACAAAAAUAGGCCGGGCAUGGUGGCUCACACCUGUAAUCCUAGCACUCUGGGAG